CCGGAAGUUCCUCCGAAAGGGGCGGCUCCGCGUCAGGUGACUGGAGUCCGCGUAGGAGGGGUCGGAGGUCCUACCCAACAGUUUGGGCGGUAGGACUGGCCGUUUAGCCGACUAAGUGGUACACUGGGCGGCCCCCACGGUGUUAACUGCGCGGAAGCAGACAGGAUCUCGCUCUGUUGCCCAGGCUGGAAUACUGUGCCAUGAUCUCCUCUCACUGCAGCCUUGACUUUCUGGGCUCAUGAGGUCCUUCCACCUCAACUCCAGAGUAGCUGGAACUACAGGUGCAUGCCACCACACCCAGCUAAUUUUUAAAAUAUUUUUUGUAGAGAUAGGGUUUCAUUCACUAUGUUGCCCAAGCUGGUCUCAAAAUCCUGGGCUCAAGCAGUCUGCCUGCCUCAGCCUCCCAAAGUUCUGGGAAUACAGGCAUGAGCCACCACACCUGGCCACUUAUAUGUUCAAUUAUGUAUACAAUUUUACAUCCUGCUUUUUCCACUUAACAUUAUGUCAUGUAAUUGAAAUGUCCAUGUAAGCAAAAUCUUUGUGAAAAUAUUAUUUUUAAUGGCUCUGGUAAUCUAUUAUGUGAACAUACCAGCUUACUUAACCAAUUUACUUAACCAGGGAAUGGGAGCUUAACUGAUCUCUCCUGGGUGAAGAGAGAAAGAGACAUUAAAAUCACGGAGCCUUUUGGAAGGUUAGACAGAUCUGGGUUAGGUACCCUAGAAGGGUAUGUGAGCCAAGCAGGCCAGGGCUGAAGGACACUAAGAAUCAAAGGCUUGUCUUUUGCCUCAGUCCCAGCUCUUACUACCUUACCAUCCUUAUAUGUUCCCUGGGCUUCAGUUACACUGAACUCAGCACAGGGAACACACUUGUUCCUUGUGCUGUGUCUACGUCCUCCCUAGCAUUCCUUGUCUUCAGGUACUAUGUACACACUGCUGUCAGUUCCCAGUACAGUCAGUUGCCUUGUUGGUUUACUUGUCUGUGUCUCCCUUUAGACUGAAGAAACGUUUUAUCUCUGUAUCUUGAAUGUCUGGCAGAUAAUAGGAUCUUUAAUUAAUCUUUGAAGGUAGGAGUGACAUUGAAAGAGUAGAUAGGAAGAUUAGAGGGAACCAGAGAAGAAGACCAGUGCAGCCCCAAUGAAAAGAAGCCAAUCCUUUCUCUGUUCUUCUGAUCCUAUAUUUGAGGGUCAGAUCUCUGGGCUAGCCUAGGGACCUACACACCACUUUGACUUUAAAAUUUUAAAGCUGGUUUCUGUGUGUUCCAACUUCCAAUAAACUUAUUCAGAGUUCUUUUCAUUCCAGCCUUCUAUGAGUGUGAUGUAGACAUUCUUGGAAUGCAGGUCCCAUCUCUGCCUACAUGUGGUCCAGCAGUAGUCUAAUGAGCAGCACAGACAGGCUCAGGCAUGCCAGAGUUCCUGGCAGAAAGCUUCCGUGUGAAUAAGCAUAUGUCCACAGAGACAAGACCUCUGUUGGGAUUGUGCCAGUUAUUUAUCACCCAAAUUCAUAAUCUUGAUAACUAAGAUUAAUGUUUCUAGGUGCCUCACUACACCCUGGUCUAGAAAUUCUUGGAGUUAAAGGAGCAGAGAAGGCAGAUUAUUAAUUCCUACAGUUCUCUAGAACCUUAUAAUUGAAUUUCCUAUGAGGUGGGCCAGGGCAAGUGGACCAAAGGCCAACUCUGGGAAGGUAAUAGUAUUGAAGAUACUGGGUCAGUCAACUUCAGCCACCACGCUCUGUGUUCCUACAGAAUCAUUAAGUGCUGCAAAUCUGCCUUAGUCCCAGCACCACAUGUGUCGCCCUGGACAUCUCAAAGUUAGGACUGUUCUUCAAAACUAGGUGAGAAAAGAGAUGCAAAUCAUCAAGGGAUCUACUGUGGCCAUAUGGACAGUCAGUGAUGGAAUCAGAACUUGAACUCAGAACUUUCAGGAUUGAGGAAAACUGGAACAUGAGGGAUUUCCCUGAAGAGAGUCUUCACUCAGAGCUUCGCUGACAGCCAAGAAUGGCAAGCAAGGGGCCCUCGGCCUCUGCCUCCCCUGAGAACUCCAGUGCAGGGGGGCCCAGUGGGAGCAGCAAUGGCACUGGCGAGAGCGGAGGGCAGGACAGCACCUUCGAGUGCAACAUCUGCUUGGACACAGCCAAGGAUGCCGUCAUCAGCCUCUGUGGUCACCUCUUCUGUUGGCCGUGUUUACAUCAGUGGUUGGAAACCAGACCUAACAGACAGGUGUGUCCAGUUUGCAAAGCUGGUAUCAGCCGAGACAAGGUCAUCCCCCUCUAUGGAAGGGGCAGCACUGGGCAACAGGACCCCAGAGAGAAGACCCCUCCCCGUCCUCAAGGACAGAGGCCAGAGCCGGAGAAUAGAGGGGGAUUUCAAGGUUUUGGAUUUGGAGAUGGUGGCUUCCAGAUGUCUUUUGGAAUUGGAGCAUUUCCCUUUGGGAUAUUUGCCACAGCAUUUAAUAUAAAUGAUGGGCGGCCUCCUCCAGCUGUCCCUGGGACACCCCAGUAUGUGGAUGAGCAGUUCCUGUCACGCCUCUUCCUAUUUGCGGCCCUGGUGAUCAUGUUCUGGCUCCUGAUCGCCUAAUGCUGGGCUCCUGCCUAUAUCCGUGGCAGGGCUCUGGACUGGUGACGUGCCAUCCCCACUCCUGGUGUUUGGCUUCCUGGCUAACCUUGACUCCUAGAAUCAGUGGGAUCAGUAACACAUCAAGGAGUCUUGUUUCUCCAUCAGAGCUUUGGAACUCAAGACCAGUUGGCAAUGACCCGAGUAUUGCCACUGCUGUAAAUACCCUAUAACCUCAGGCCUAGGCCUUGAGUCCUCUCAAGGGUGACACCAUGAAAUCUUGUUUCAUCCAGUUUAGCAGGUCCUGACUCUGCAGAGGGAAGAGGCAGAAAGAGAAACAGUCAGAGUAUAAUUUCACCUGAGUUUAAUAUUACAAAAACAAAAGGACGCACCAAAUAUUAUUUCUGGAAACUUUCAUCUCUUUAAAUACCCCUUGGAAAGUUGCCUCUGAAGCCAGUGGGGGCUUCUCAAAGAGGUUCCCCUUCCAAAUCCCAGUGCUGCUCUGUUCUCUUUCCUCCCCCUCCCCUUCCUCUUCCUCUUCAAAGAUACAAGAAAUUGCUGUCCCAUAAAAAUCAUAAUUGCAACAGCUGAAGCUGGAGUCACUUCAUGAAUUCACCAUAGAUUCAAAGAUCUUUUAUUGGCUCUGGGCUAUGCUCAGCGUCUUUGGCCUCAGAGAGCAACUUGAAUGACUUCGUGGUUUCCUGGCAUGAAUUAUUCCUGGUGAGACAUGUGGCUUCACUUACAGAUUUCCUAUCAGCUUUCUCCCUAAAACUAUGUGCAUCUGCCUCUCUCUGCCAGAGAACACACAGCCAAGACUACUGCUGAAGCUGAGACUGACUACUGUGCAUAAGGAAGGACCUGGAGUCAGGACUUUGGUGGGAUUUUGAGCUCCGAUGCAGGAAUAACUGAACAAGUAGCCCUAUCCCCUAGGCUGCAGAAGCUUGAAUGCAUCCUCUCCCAGAACCUGCCAUAGGAAACUGGGGGCUUUGUCAGGUCAGCCCAACUGCAUGCAGAAGACCACCGUCCUCAGAAGCCAAGUUGUCCUUUAAGAAGAGGCAAGGAAAGGGGAAACCCACAUGUGACCCUGAUUUUGGUAUGGCUUGAUGGAGUACCCUGAAAACUUUAUGUGUGCUAAAAUCAGGGAAGCAUGUGACUCCCAAGCAGACAACCCCUGAUGAUUUGUAAAGCCAGGUGGCAGGGCUUGGGGAGCCCCAGCACAGUGAUAAUGGUGUGGUCUUCCCUCCUGUGGAAUCGAGGGGAAAUUAUUCUUCCCAAUACUUUGAUUUGAUUUUCAGUUUCACAAGCUUCUUCCUCUGAACCUUAUUGAGGGAAUGUGGUACUAAGCAGGUAGGACAGUUCACCUGGUGGAACAGUUCUUGCCCUGCCUUCUACGCUUCAUCCCAGAAGUCCAGCCUCUUUCUGGAGACCCCAAAACUCGGGGGAGAUGGGCUUCCUCUGAGCCUCUUUCUUUCUUUCUUACUUUGCCAUCCACACUGGGUAACACUCAGCAAUGACCAACAAAUGGUAGGAAGCCCCACUUAGUGCUUUUUCCCAGUUAUAACUCUGCAUAGUUUGUGGAAACAAAGAUCUUGAAGAAGAUGAGGGAAGCCCUCCCCUCUUACAGCCCCCACCCCUUCUCCUUUGUACCUGUCGACACCAGAGUUCAGUGUUUAAACAGACAAAAUAUAAAGUAUUGAGUAGGUGGUUUAUUUGCUGAAUCCACUUAGGAGGAAGAAGCCACUAGCUUUAUAAUGUGCCUGAUGGAUUUUUAAACGUUCCUGGGCACCCACUCAAGAGUGCUCUUUUUAUCACCUUCUGGAAAUCCCCAUAGUUGGAGGGGCCCCUGGAGUGUCUGCUCUAGAGAGAAGUGGUGGGACCCCUUCAGUGCAGUGGCCCUAGCUAGUGGAGGAAAAGAGGACUUCAGUCAGAUGGACUCAACAGAAAUGGGUUUCUAGAAGAAUACUGAAGAGUUGUGGGUAGGAAAAUCAAUAAUUUGGACUCUUCAACAAAAUGGAAUGAGCCCAGGAGAGCUCCACCAACAAAGGCAUUCUGGGAACCUGUUACUAAAGCCAGGCUGGCCAAAUGCUGUUUGAUUUUGAACCUUAUAGGUCCCCACUCACCCUCUGCCAGGAGCUAAGGCAGGAGAGCUGACUUGGGACUGCUGGCUUGGCCCCAACAGGGAGCCCCCUUUCUACCACCCCUCUGCAAGCUCAUCACCUCAUCCUUCUGCCAAGGCAGCUUUCCUUUCUUUUGUGUGUUUACUGUGUUCUUGAUCCUGCCACCCUUGUGGACUAGGACCAGGUCCUGACCACAGUCAGAAAAUGAUGAUAUGUAUAGUGGCACACCUUAACCAGUCAGUAAUUUUCACUGUUGUGAAAGUGAUUUGAUUUAGAAUUAAAUAAAUGGUUUUACAUUA